GAGAAGAUAUGUGUUGGUUUAUCUAGCGCAGCACUGCAGAAGAGGUCCGUGAGAAAGAAGGAGCGCAGUUGCACAAACACUUUGGUGCCUAUUGUCUCCCUGACCUGACGAUAUGGAGUCAGCCAUUAAGACGGUGGUGACCACGUUUCUUAGUUCUACCAAGGGGAAGGACAACCUGAACGGGAGUGGCUUCCAAAAGCUGGUAAAGAAUCAGCUUGGUGGCAUGAUGGAGGAUACAAACCGCUCCUCUGCCAUUAAGGAGAUGCAGCAGGGUUUGGAUGCGAACAACGAUGGAAAGGUCAGCUUCCAGGAAUACCUCACUCUGAUUGGCUACCUGGCCUCCUCCCUCAGUGAGAGCAAGACUGGAUCCAAUGCAAAUGCCCCGUAGAUGCUUGUGUUUGGUGGAUCAGAAAAUCAACAGCCUAUCUGUUCUUCUAAACAUUAGAACAGUCCAUAAUCAUUUUACAUCCAGUCAACCAGUAAAAUGCUCUGAACGUCGGUCCAGAUCAGAUACUCACACCAUAUUGAUCUCCAUUGUCAAGGAUACAUUUAAGGACUGUAAGCUGGGAGUGUCUUUUUUUGUACCAAUAAUACAAAAGAUACUUUCUGUAUUUUCAAAAUAAAUGCCUUAUAUAAUAAAACCGAA